AUGCCGAGUCUUUUGCAUCCGCUCUGCUGGCUUCCAGCACUGCUGGGCAGCGCCCACGCAGCAAGUCCCCUCAAUGUCCUUUGGUCCACCAAGGAAUACGGGCCCGAUGGCCCAUGGAGUGCAGUCAGUACGACGAUUGGCGAUAAAUACUCGGUUGACCUCUAUCCCGGCGACAUCGGCUCCUCGAACGUGAUGCAGUCCCAACUGUGCGAGAACACCACCCUCUCCUCCACCUGCUAUGCGGAGCGCGCGGGAACUGUCAACAUCUCCGCCAUCGAUUAUCCAAUCAGCUGGAAAAACCCCAGCAAUUGGCACAGCUGCAGCUUCAGUACCGAUGGCGGCUGUCGAUUCAGCGACUUCUCGACCGUAAUGUCCUUUGGCUCGUCCGUGCCCAAUGUCAGCAUGUCCGCCAUCUGGGAAGCCUACGAGACCUAUCCCGGCGGCGCGCAAUACCAGCCGCAAGUCGGCACUCUGUCGCUGGGCGGUCCCUAUCCAUUCUAUCCGACAAACGGGGGCACCAACAUCAUCAACUGGUACCUCUACAACGACUCCUCCAUCCCGUCCUAUUCGUACGGAUUGCAUAUCGGAUCCGUCGAGCCCUCCGUCACCAGAUCUUUGCUUCUCGGCGGCUAUGACCAGAAUCGCGUGCUUGGCGAGGUGAGCGCACAAUCCGUGGUCUUGAAUGCAGCCAAUAGCGGUGCGCUGCAAAUCGGCCUCGAGGACAUCGGUCUUGGUGUUGCUUCCGGAGGAUCGCCAUUCAACUUCACCAGCAAGGAAGGUCUCUUCGUCCAGAGCGAUGGCGUCGCGCGACGUUCCUCGGUCACCGCCGACCCGACGAAGCCGUAUCUCUACCUGCCCAAGAACAGCUGCGAUGCCAUUGCUGCUGAGCUCCCGGUCAGCUUCAACGAAAGCCUCGGGCUGUACUUUUGGAACACCUCCAGCAGCCAGUACAACGACAUUGUCUCGUCGCCAACCUAUUUGUCCUUCACCUUUGACAAGGACAGUGCCAACAACAAGAACUUCACCAUCAAAGUCCCCUUCCAACUCCUGAAUUUGACUCUCCAGGAGCCUCUGGUCUCGCAAAACACUUCCUACUUCCCUUGCUUCCCAUACGAUGAAGACAACGCCAACCCGAUUCUCGGAAGGGCCUUUCUCCAGGCUGCCUUUGUCGGUGCCAAUUUCUUCCAAGGAACCGAUAACCAGGGCACCUGGUUUCUGGCCCAAGCGCCCGGCCCAUCGCUGCCGGCCACUGCGGUCACGACCAUCAACCCCUCCGACAAAACCAUCCAAGGAUCGUCUAGCUCGUGGGAGGAAACCUGGGAUGGAUACUGGACGCCCUUGUCUGAUUCCGGCUCGAGCAAGAAGUCCGGUGGCCUUUCGACCGGCGGCAAGGUUGGUGUGGGCGUUGGUGUCGGUAUCGCCGGAGCCAUCAUCAUUGCGGCAGUGGCUGCUUGGGCGAUUGUCCGCCGACGCAGGAACAACGCACCCCAGCAACUCGCGGCCGACCCAGUUAGGCCAGCUGAACUCUCCGAGGCCUACAAGCCUGUUGACAAGCCGCCGGUUGAGGUGCCAGCGCAAGAACAUAUGCGUUACGAACUGGAUUGA